AACUUUCCAACCUACAAUUUCCAUUCUGUAUGACACACAGAUUAUCUUCCAUAUUCCAAGUACAGAAAGGACCAAACUUGAGAAGUCUCUUGAGUUUGCAACCACCAAAUAUGUCCUCCAUGGCUUUCUCCACCACCUUCUUCACUCCCCUCCAUGAUUUCACCCGUGCCAGAACAAACCCACCACCUUCUCCCUCUUUUCCUUUCAUCAAAUCCUCCUUUGCUUCCUCCAACUCAACCUUUUUUCAUCCUUCCCUUUCCCUACGAACCUCAUCAACUUUUCCAAGGCUCUUCAUAAAGCCUAGGUCUUUCUCAGUUCAUGCCAGAGCUGCCACAGAAAAGACCAUCUAUGAUUUUACUGUCAAGGAUAUUGAGAGAAAGGAUGUCGCUCUUAGCAAAUUUAAGGGGAAGGUUCUAUUGAUUGUCAAUGUUGCUUCACGAUGCGGUUUGACGUCAUCGAAUUACUCGGAGCUGUCUCGUUUGUACGAAAAGUAUAAGGAUCAAGGUUUGGAGGUUCUAGCUUUCCCCUGCAAUCAAUUUGGUAUGCAGGAGCCUGGAUCGAAUGAAGAAAUUAAGCAGUUUGCUUGCACUCGAUAUAAAGCAGAAUUUCCAAUUUUUGACAAGGUGGAUGUCAAUGGACCAUUUACGGCUCCAGUGUACAGUUUUCUGAAAUCUAGUGCUGGAGGCUUUCUGGGUGAUCUUAUAAAGUGGAAUUUUGAGAAAUUCUUGGUUGAUAAAAGUGGUAAAGUUAUUGAAAGAUACCCACCAACAACGUCGCCUUUCCAAAUUGAGAAGGAUAUUCAGAGGUUACUUGCUGCAUGAGGUUUGCAUUUCAGAACACAAACAAGAACUGUAUGUAGGAGCAUAAAGGGAGCGAUCUUGCAUAAGGAGUUAAUACUUAAAACAGAUGAUGAGCUAUAAAUAUAGCCAUGUUAAUUACUUUGGUGUCUAUACUAAAGAAAUUACCAGUUUAGUGAAGAGAAGUUAUACUUCGUUUGCCCAAAAUGGUUCAUAUUAGUAUUUGUUCGUUCUGUUUUUGUGGGAAAAUUCUAUGGCCAUUUGUAUUAUCCUAAUAAUAUGCUGUCAUUAUAAAAGCUUGUAACUUGUGUAACAUGGUAGAUGCAGCAGUAUACUGUUUCUUAUUACCGCUA